AUGAUGAAGACUUACAAAUUAACUGUCCAUCAAAAGGCUUUCAGUAGUUCAGAACUUAUUGUCAAUAUUAAAGACUUUCCGAAAGCAGUUAUAGGUGAUAUUGUAGAGGUUUAUCAUUCAGACUCUGAACAAAAUAAAUUGUUGCUACAAAUUAUGGCAUUUAAAGAUGAUUUACAAAGUAAAGAUACAAUUAGCAUUGAACAUAGUGUUGCUAACUUAUUUCAAUUGCAUGCAUAUAGUGAUGUUACAGUAAAUAUUGUGAGUCCAGAAUCUGUCAUGUUGGAUUCUGUUGAAUUGACAUUCAGAGACCAAUAUCUUGGACGAUCUGAAAUGUGGCUUUUUGAAAAACAUUAUAUUGAAAGAAGUUUAGAUCGGACUGGUCAAUUAGCAAUUGUUAUAUCUCCUGGUAUGGGUGAAUUUUACGUGGAUAGACAGUUAACAAAUAUUACAAAACAAAGAGUUAUGGAUAAUGGUGUAGGAAUUGAUUUGAUCUGUGUUGGUCAAGAGCCAUUGUAUGCUGUCCCAUUAUUUUUGUUUCAAAAUCGUGAUGAAUCUUUAGGAGAUGACUGCAGUAUUCCACAUUGGAUAAAUUUAAGCUUUUACAGAAGUAACCACAUGCCACAGAGAUCUACAUUUGUGCCUCGGAUUAAAGUACCUAAUCAAUUUUCAAACAUUUUAUUAAACCGCCCGAAAAUGGGUUUAAGAGCAGUGUCAUCAAAUAGUUUAACAGCUUCUUUGCGAAAGAGGUUUACCAACUCUGCACAAGAUUAUAUAAAUUAUGAUCAUGGUGUUUUUAACAAAAAAAUUAAAACUAGGAUGCCUAGUAGGUUCAGUAAUACCAAUAACAUUCUGCCACUAAACAAAUUGAACGAAAUUAGUGCAUCGAGAAAAAAAAAAUUUAGUACAUGCAGUUUUGAUGUAAAUUCUGAUAAAUCAAUUGCUCUAAGCCGUAGUCUGUCUCCUCUGAAACAACGCAGUAUUACUCCUCCACCCAAAAGCCAGUGCGAAUUCACAAAUUUGCCACCAUUAAACAGAAAUAGAAGUCGUAGUAUUGAUGACAGCUUGAAAAAGUAUGAUAAAUUGGCUAUAAGUAAACAAGAUAAUUUAAAAUUUGUACGUGUACGAGGUCUUAUUAAUCCAUUUGACAAAUCACGAUAUCACGUAAAGUUAACAUCAAAUCGGAGAAGGUGGAGUCAUACAUUUCCAGAAAAACCUAAAAGCACAAAAAAGUUGUAUGACGAUUUAGAAUUUUCUGGUCAUACAGAGGAUUUAUGUGAAAUGGAAAACAUUCAAAUACUAGAAAAAAAAUUAAGUGUAAACAUAAUAAAACUACAAAAAUAUAAAAUUGAGGAAAAACAAAAUAUCACAAGUACUUGUGAGUGCUCGAGUGAUUUUGAAUUGACAAAUAUGUGUACACCAGGCGUUGAUUGGAAAUCACUAGUUUUCCCUGCAUGUUUGCCAAUAACAACUGAUUAUUUUCCGGAUGAAGUAAAUCUUCAAUCAUAUUAUUUAUUUUCAAAUUACAAUCUAUUACCUGAUUAUGUAAAUGCUGAAGUUGCCUUGCAAAGAGCCGUUUAUCGUCAACCACUAUCUGCUCUAGAAGUUUUUUAUCAAAUGAUAUGUCAACGCUUAUCUCAAGGUUUCCAGUUGGUUGUAAGUAAAGACGAAAAUCCAGAACAUAAAAAGAAGAUUAAUAGUAUUGUCAUGAGAUCAACAGUUCAUGAUGAACGAUUUAUUGAAAUGCGGCUGAGUAUUGGGAGAAUAGUUCACACUGUUACUUUGUUUGGUUCAGAAAUUCAAGUGACACGUUACAGACCAAGAUUUCCAUAUGCAACAUUUGAAAUACAAUAUCGCUAUCGUUUUCAAGCUCCAGACCAUUCAACUUAUGGAAUUUCAUGGAUAUCAUUUAUUACUGAAAAAUUAGAAAAUUUUAAUUGGAAUUACAUGGAUCAUUAUUUAUGUGCCCGUGGGGAUAUGGACUAUGAUUUACACGAGAAAUUAAAGUACUGGCGGUUUCGCAUGUAUCUUCUGCCUUUGCGUCAAGAUGUUACACAAACUAUUAUGAAUCAUUUAGAUGAUAAAUUUUACUGCGAUAUUUAUAAAAUACCUACAAUGGAAGAACAAGUUUGUUUUACAAAUAAAUUUGUUAAGUUUAUUGAAACUUGGAUAAAUCGUAUUAAAAGAUCAACAACAGUCAGCCUUAAAAGUUCAAGUGAUACAUCACCUUAUCGAGAUCGUGUCAACUCUAUACGUCCAUUGGAUAAACCUCGUCCAAGGUCAGGUUCUAAUGUGUAUGAUAAAUCAAUUGCAUCAUUAUUUCCUGAAAAUCCUGUUCAAGAUGAAAUUAUUGAUGAUAUUGAAAGUCCAAUCAAUUUAAUUAACUCUGAAUUGCUAAAAGAAGAUAUUUCCAACGUCGAGCUAGUAGAACAUUUGUGUAAUACACAAGUAGGUGUUGGUUUUGUUAACAGACACAUGGGAUUACCACAAAAUACAUUUGUUAGUAAUGAUGCAAUUACAUGGCUUAUGAACAAUUUAAAGACAUUAAAUAUUAGAGAUGAAGCAGUUGAACGUUUACAGGAAAUUUUAUGUGAAGGAUUAAUUUGCCAUGCAUCUGGAGAUUUUUCUCAUCCUUUCAUUGAUGGAUUUUAUUUGUAUUAUUUUCCUUCAUGUGAAUCACCUACUGGUCAACCUUCUUUCCCUACACAUGAUUUUCAAGCAUUUGAAAAUGAAUGGGUUGAAGUGGAAGUUAAACAGCCUAUUGAUUACCCAAAAAAUAUAGACUUUCUAAAGGAUAAUUUGUCACUACCAGAGUCCCUGCAACAUGGAAAUAAGCGGGAAGUACCAUGGUACAAAGAAGCUCAUUUAGAGAUGGAUGUUAAUAGUAAAAGUGAUCGCGUGGAAUGGGGUCAUGCCAGAUAUCAAUCACUUUAUCGUUGUGAUCAGGCGUAUGAAAUUAUAGCUCGAUGGGUAGCAGCAUCUGGUUCAGUUGUAGCUGAUUUGGUUUAUAAUUGGGCACGUAAAGCACAAACUGGUGGAUUUCAGUUGAUACCAUUACCAGCUGACCCUUUUGCUUUGCCAUAUACAUUAAAAUCUGAUCCUCUGCGUGGUCCAGUAUUUGUACCACUCAAUUUGGAAUGUCUAGUGACAGAAGAACACAAUUGUUUAUUUCAUGAAUAUCCUGAAGAUUCAUGGCUCCGAAGAUUAUUAUUAUUCCAAGAAGUUAUACUUUACAGAUUUGGGUUUGUAAUAUGUAAUUCAAAAACUAAUGGAAAUGAAUCAUAUCAUAAUCAAUAUAUUCAUCUUACAGGUAACGUGUUUGUGUUAAUACUUUCUGAUUUGAUUGAAGAAGCUAAGGAGAAAAAUGAUUCUCCUGAUCAAGGGUUAAACGAAUUAGAAGCUAGUGGUAAUCAGCAAGAAUUACAAUUUAGCCCUCACAUGGAGUAUAUAUCUCGGCAUGUAUACCAUAGUUUACCAAAAGAAAAUGAUCCAAAAAUAGAAAAAAGGGUUGGUUUUCUUUGGGCAUGGAAUCAUAUGGUAAGUCGUAGAUGGAAGUCGUCAAAUCCAGCAACUGGUGAUGAACAGUUUCAAAAUAAACUAUUGGAAGAUUUUAGAUACUUUUGUAGCAAUAAAGAUGAACGGUUGUCAAACUUUUGGAAAUCUUGUAAAGACGAACAUUAUAUAAUUAAACACCAAGAAUAA